GGCUGGUUUGGUGUUGUUGACAUAAUCGGUCUUCUUCUUCUCCAGUCUCGUCUUUAUCCGGUGAUUAGACAGGAUGUGUUAGAACUCAGAGGGGUUUGUCUUCGUGUCCAAAUCAGAUGUCACCAAAGCUUCAGAGCCCAGGUUGGGCGACAGAGUGAAACCAUUCAUCCAGGCUGCCUGUGACCUUCUUGUUGAGUUCUCCUGGGACUUGGUGUCCCUCUCUGCAGUUCAGAGAUGGCAAGUCAUUUCCGCAGCUACAUCUGGGAUCCAGUCCUCAUUAUUUCCCAAAUUAUCCUCAUGCAGUGCAUCUACUACAGCUUCUUGGGGCUGUGGAUGGCGGGUGUAGACGGCCUUGUGCAGACCAACAGAUCACUUGAUCAGAUCUUUAGUUAUGAGGUUCUUGGUUUUUCAACCACACAAGGACGGCUGUCUAUGAUGGCAUUCAUUCUGAACUCUCUGACGUGUGCUUUGGGUUUGUGGUUCUUCAUCCGUCGCGGGAAGCAGUGCUUGGACUUCACAGUUACGGUUCAUUUCUUCCAUAUGAUCGGCUGCUGGAUCUAUAAUUCUCAUCUCCCUGUUGCCCUGUCGUGGUGGCUGGUCAAUGUGGCCUGCAUAGCUCUGAUGGCGGUCAUCGGCGAGUACCUGUGCAUGCGGACAGAGCUCAGGGCCAUUCCUGUGAACAGUGGACCCAAGUCUAACCUCUGAGAGCCGUUUUAUAAACAGACAAUGUGCUCAGACCAGCUUUGGGCCUUGGAUAAGCUGCUGGAUGGGAUGUCAUUACUUGACAUCAUCCUGUUGCAAUGUUUUGGUUUGCUGGUGAAAGAGGAGCAGGACUAUGGACAGAAAAUGCACAUUUCCUCUGAUAUUUUUGAAUUUUAUCACUGUAUUUUUUCUUCAUCUUGAAACUAUGUGGACAUUUUACAUCCUUAUUAAGGUAGAAUUAUGAGUUUUGAAGGCUCAGAAUGAGGUUGAUGCAGAAUUGAACCCUGCAGGCCACUUUAUGUCAGCACUUUUUGACUUAUUUCAAAGGACUCUUUUAAGCGUUUGAGGGUCUGUGUGAAUAGACUCUGAAGAACAGACAGAGCUCAGAUUUGAAUGAGAAAUAAAUAAAUGUCAUGUGUAUUGCUCUACUGAUUAAUUAGAUCAUAAUUAAAAUAAAACAUCUGCUUACUCUGCUUUCUUA